AUGGCGAUCACGUCAGCGUAUAAUGUACAGUCGGUGUUACUGGCACUGUGUAUCACUACAUGCUCAUCAGCAGCAAUCAUCGUUUUUGCUACGAUGGUAAAAAAGGAUCUCACCACUGAAAUGGUGAAGCCUUCUCCUGAUCGUUCCGCUAUCGUUCGUCUGCACAAAGCCGGCCGCCCACCCGCCACGAUCGCUAAGCACCUCGGCAUCCACCGCAGCGUCGUGUAUCGCACACUCCAACGUUAUCGAGACCUUGGUGGACUCCAAGACCGCCGAAGAAGUGGAAGACCUCGUACUGCUCGCACGCCGAAGGUCGUCGAGGCCGUCAGAAAGCGGAUAGCAAGAAACGCGACUCGGAGCAUCUCGACGAUGGCUCGCGACAUGGGAAUCUCGCGGAAGUCAAUGGAAAGGGCGCGAGUCAAGAAGUGCCGACAGCUUUUGCUUCGGACGCGCAACAAGGGCCACCAUUCGAUCGUCUUUUCGGAUGAGAAGCUCUUCACCGUCGAGCAGCAGUUCAACGCUCAGAACGUCAGAGUGAUCGCAAGGAAUGCCGAGGAAGCCGACAAGAAGGGAAGAGUCGUUCACCGGCCGCAACCCUGCCCAAAGGUCAUGGUUUUCGUCGGCAGGGGUGUGUGCCUCGGGGAAGACGCCGUUGAUAUUCGUCGACCCCGGCGUCAAAAUCGACAAAGAUUACUACCUGAAGACGAUUCUGGAAGAUGCUCUACUCCCGUGGGCGAAUUCCCACUUCAACGGCCGCCCGUGGACAUUCCAGCAAGAUUCGGCGCCCGCCCACAAGGCCAAGAAGAAGAAGAAUGGCCGGCAUCGUCACCGGAUUUGAACCCACUGGACUAUAACUUGUGGUCCUACCUUGAGAGCAAGGCCUGCGCCACUCCCCACCCCAAUUUGGAUUCUCUGAAGGCAGCGCUCAUCCGAGAAUGGGACGAAAUCGACGACGCACCGGUCAUCGACGCCUUUCCCAAGCGACUCCGCGCUGUCGUCCGUGCCAAAGGUGGCCGAAUCGAGAAGUAG